AUGCCGGGCGGGCCCGGCGAUUUUGGCGGCUUUGGCGGCGACAAGCCUGGAGACCAAAAGGAGGACAACGCCGGGGGCUUUGGCGGUGGCUUCCCGGGUAUGGGUGGUGGGGGUGGCUUCCCCGGCUUUCCCAAGCCCGGUGGUCAAUCGCAGGCUGGCGGCGGUGGCGGUGGCCCCUUCCCUGGAGUUGACAUGGGUGGCAUGAUGGACAUGAUGGGUGGCAUGAUGGCGGAUGCUUUGAACUGCGGACAGAAGGAGCUGGAAGUAGCUUGCAAAGACACAUCUUUUCACAAAAAGACGUUCGCGCCGCUCUGGUACUGCCUUAUUGCCACCGGUGACCGAGACUUUGGCCCCGUCCCACCGUGCAACUCCCCCAUCAAGCUCGGCGAUGCCACAAAGUGUAAGAAGAGCGACGAGGACUUGCGCAAAGAGAUGGAAACGGCCAAGUCCAUGUGCUUUGGAAGGCUGAAAGAGCUCUACGACUUGCAGGCGCAGCUGGGUCAAUGUGCCGUAGGCAUCAAGCAGGAAACGGAGAAGGUGGAGAGCGAGCGCCAGGCUUUGCAGAGCAUUCAGCAUGAGGCAGAGGAGUGUGAGAAGACGAAAGCCAAGAAGAAGGCCGAGGAGUCCAUGGGCUCUUCCUUCUCCGCUCAGGGGCAGGGCCAGUUCUGUCCCGCGCAUGCGACGGAAUUGAAGGAUGCUUUCGCAAAGUACACUCUGGCCGUGGAGCAGUGCAUCAGUGUUCAGGUCUCCGCUACUGUGCACAUCCCUGAGAUCGAUAUCGUAGUACCUGAGAUCAAGGUCGGCGAAGUCCAGGGCACCUCCUUCAACAUCCAGAUGCCUGACUUCAAUGCCCCGGACUUCACGGGCGAUAUUGUGGUGCCUGGCGGUGGAGGGAAGCUGAACGUGGCGGUGGAGCACCACGGGCACGGGCAGCAAGGCCAAUCCGAAGGGCAGCAAGAAACAAAGUUGACCUUCGACCAGCGUGUUGCCAACAUCAAGGCGGACAUCAAGACAUGCGAAGAAGCGAAGCCGAAGAUGCAGGAAAAAAGCAAGGAGAUCGCUGAAUCCAAAAGCACCGUCCAGGAACAGAAGCAGAAGGCCUGCGAAACGGCCGGCAGCUUGUUGCAGACCGGCGCCAGCCCUGAGGCCACUAUCGCCAUCCAGGUCUUCAGCAUGAUGAAGAUGACCUGGGGCUGUCGCGAGGUUGCCACGGCAAUCGAUGGGCUCGUGGCG